AUGGAAUCCACAAAAUUAUUUAGCAACAUAAAGGCACUAGGCCAUGUCAAUAGCAAAAGAGAUGAACUUCAAGAACUAUGUCGAUUGAAAUUCGACAAGAUAUUAAAAUUUUUGCCACGUCGAAUUUUGGACGGCGACGGCGGAGACGUAUUGGAUUGUUUAAUAAAUGGCUUACCGGAUAACCCCACUACGUCAAGUAAACAAGCAGCAAAGUUGAUAGAUGUUGUUGUACAGUCAAUGAGAAAAGAGUCAACAUCUCUUACUCAUUGUGGAGAUGUUAUAAGCAGGCUGUGCCUAGAACUAUCCCGGCAAUCUCCUGAUGAUUUGGUGAGAUGGUGUAAUGACUGCAUACAAUCGAUCAUUCAAGACACUGAUGUGAAUAUGAUUUGGCGUGAUGUGAUACCUGAAUGUUUGAAUGCACUCUCAUCAUACAGUGAGAUCAAACAUUGUGAAACAACAAUGACAAGUGAAGAUUUCAAGCAAAGAUGUGUGCAUACACUCUGCCAAUGUCAAUGGGUUGAGAAGCAUUUAGUGCAAUUAGCAGGCAUGUUUAAAGAUAUGCAAUUAGCCCGAAAUGACCACAAACAGGUGGUCAAUAAGAUAUGUUCAUACAUUAUAGAUAUAUCACCUGACGUGCUGCCUCCACUUGUACAUCAAUUAUUGAAGCUCUGCAAGUCAUACCAUGUGGAUAUAAUGUUGGCCCAUUUGAGCCAUUACUUCAGUGUGAGACUGUAUAGUAAGCUGGAGCCACCACCACAGGACUCGGAGUCUACUACCAUGGAUAUAGAUGAUAUUGUUCCACACAGUCCAGCGGAACUUUCUCGAUGCCUGUCCACUUGUAUAUACCACAUCACAGAAGGAGCGGCAGAACCAGAAGUGAUUCGUAGACAUCUGAAAUCUUGGCCGAAGACCCAACUACUGCGUACCCCGUUCUUAUUGGACGUGGCAUUAGCAUUAUCCGACAAAGGAUCAGAUUUCAAGUCAGUUUGCUUAGAUGUGAUAAAGUCCGCUAUAGAACAACGAUUGUUGGACGAUCUUCGCAGCAAGGAAUCGGCGUGGGUCCGCUCAGUGCUGCCACCUGACGUCGAUGUAGCGAGUGUGCUUAAAGUACUCACUACAGAAAGUGCCAAUCACCGUCAGCUGACAGUAAUCGGGUUGAUAAACUUAUCGUUUUCGCUACUAUCCGUUAGCGGUGUUAAAGCCGUCGCUCACACUUGUUGGUCUCACGGCAAAUUGGUUGUGGUUCGACUGUGUAAAUCCCAACCUGAGACUGCUUCACAUGUGCUGGGUUUAUUGUCUGAUAGAUUAGCAGGAGAAACUACGCCGAAACAAUACGCUGAAUGUCUGUUCGUGUUGUGCAAACUUACACCGGUAUCAGUGGAACGUUGUACCCAAUUGUCGACUAUUCUGGAGAACUGCCGUCCAUCGGGGAGCGAGUAUCGUUUGGCCGCGGCCGUUUUGGACGCUGUCCAUCCGCUGCUCAACUUCAGUACGAGGACCCGGGACACGUUGGUCAUGGUCUGCAGGAAGGGAUUGUAUUCUCGUGACUCUCUACAGCGUUGCCUCGCCCUAUCCGGUUUCCUUACGGUGCUGCGUCACGUGAAACUAUCGCGUAAUACGUUAGCCAGCAGUCAGAGUGUGUGCAGCGAGCAGUAUAGUGCCUACUCGUAUCUCACGCAGAUGGCGGUGGAGUUCCACGCGACGCAGCAGGGAGCCGCGGUGACCUCUCGAGUGCGAAACGAAGCUAUGUGCAUGGAAGUGGUGUCGAUUCUCCGUCGUUGCCUCGUACAAGACGCCGCCGUUAAACAACUACUUUAUACCAAACUAUAUGACUGCGCUAGAGACAAGGUGGCAUUGCACGAGUCCAUAUUGGAACUGUUAUACGAGCAUCUCACCAAGUAUUUGCCUGAUUCGACGACUGUUACGGUUCUCUUCGAAAAGUGCGUGCAGACUAAUGCUACUUCGGCCAUUUUAACGGAGCCAAUAGCUCAUCUACUAUACGUGGUAGCGCAGUUCCUUCAGUGUGAAGAGGAAGAUUUAGAGGAUAUCCUGUCGAGUCAAGAAGCUGACACAUCCAGUGCUCAUCUGAGAAGCAAACUGACCAACAUUGUGGAACAGCUUUGCAACGACUUAGGGCAUAUUGAUAUGGAAGAGCCGUCUCUCACUGAUAUCACACCAGAGUCGAAAUCAAAGUGUCUCAUAGUACAGCAAGUAUUACAAUGUUACGAGGCGUUGAUCGCCCAUCGCGUGAUGCAGUGGCGAGCUGAUAGUAAGGACGUCGCCACUCACGUUUACGAGCUGUACAAGAAGUGCUUUCAGAUACUAGAACAAACUAAAACGCCUGCAAAGUCAGGGAAGAAAGGCAAUAAAUCAUUAAACGACACUAGAGAGACGACAAAAUCUCAAAAAAGCCAGAAGUCGCAGAAGGAUAAAAAGAAAGGACCCAUAAAAUUGUCCAGCUUGACUAAGGACCGCGCUGGGCCGUUCAAACCGUUGUCGUGUGUGUGGGACCUGAGGUUUUGUCUUAGGAUUGUGGUUCUUUUGUACAGCGAAGAAGUGCCCUGGUCUUCUUUAGAGCAACGCAAUGAGUUGCGAGCCCGCAGAGACUUUCACCAGUGGGCGUUACGCUGUAUCAUUUCAGUACUACAGAAUGAGAAUAUAGACAAGAGAUCUGUGACUUGUUAUGUUCCUAAAUUAGCGUCUGUGGUUUACCAGAGGUGUUUGUGCAGGUUCCAAGACAUGUGCAACUUUGAUGACCAGACAAUGCUACUGUGCACAGAAGUAUUCAAGGGUUGUCUUACGUUGUUGUUAUCCCCAAAUUAUUCGCUCAAAAUCGAGAGUUUCUUGCCGAUUAUUAUUACGGGAGGGGAAGACGUCACCGCGUCAUCAGGCAUAUCAGACAUACUGGAACAGUUGCAUAUGGCGUUGGUUCAAGUGGCGGCGGACAGCGAUGUUGAGGAGAGAGACGCGAUGCUGAAGAGACACCUCGCCGCUCUCAUACAGACCGCGGCCUUACUGCUCGACACGCCUGUGAUUGGUUGUCCUAAAAUGAAUACGGUUAUAAUAAAGUUCGAGGACGACUUGCGCACGAGUAAGAUUGACUGUUUGGCGCUGGUUCCUUCAGUGUUGACAGCUUCUGCGCGCGUACAACAAGAAGCCGUGCUGCUGACCGAUUUAAUAGCCAAACUGGCGAGCUCACUUGGCAACAUUGAUGAAGAAGACACAUCGGCCACAGAAGAAACUGCCCAAUUCCCCACUAUAGACUCUCGAACUGGCCACUCUGUACUCAACCAUGUGUGUUUGCAUUUAUAUAAUAGAUUCAAGCACACGGAACAUUUGUUAGCAAGGGCUAGAGACUUGACAGUCGCGCAAAAUUACGCUGUGCAUGGAAAUCAGCAGAGGAUUGAGAGAGAAGUGAAAGAGCUGUAUAAGAGCUGUGUGAUCCAGCUGUGCCAGCUCAGCACGUGGGCCAGUAAGGUAUGCAAGCUCCGUUGCUGCGUCGGCGGCGGCAGUGAUCGAGUGCUCACAGUCGCCGUGAGGCUUUACUCCUUGCUCGCUGCAUUCUUCAAACAGACUCCAGUUGCCAUGGCUGCUACUCUUAGAUUGGAGCGCCUUCUGAAACUGUGCGGCAAGAAGCUGUCCUCCGUGACAGACACUCUGGUGACUUACUUGGAGGCGUCUCAACAACCGCGCCGAGUGUUGCGCGACACUAAACUGAUACCGCGCCUGGUUCUAGAGGCGGAGAACUUCAGCAAGCACGCCAUAUUGCUGGCCAACGGGGCUAAGUUGAACUUCCAACAUUACCUGUCUUUGGGUACCGCCAGAGAUUUCAGAAUCAGGGCGCCAUUGCUGCAGGAAGCUUUACAAGCGCGGGGAGAGCCCCAGGAGGACAUUGAAGCCACCAGGGAUGAAGGUGACGUCGAUAUUAAUGACGCAGCGACAGAAAUCUUGUCGCUAGCUGGCUCCGAUGACGAGAAUGAUGAGGCUGAUGAAGGCGAAGCUACUUCUAAGAGAAAGCGCAGAAGAGUUUCUUAA